AGAAAGCAGUUGUUCGUGCGUCAGUGGCGCGCGCCGUGGGAAACCUGACAAGCCUCAUGGCUGCAGGUUGUUCGGCGGUACCGGGGCCAAAGGCUGCCUCCGAAGGGCCGGUGGUGGGACCGGCCGGCGUCCUGCCUUGUCUGGAGCUGCCAACCUACGCUGCCGCUUGCGCGCUGGUGAGUAACCACUACUCCUGCCUGGUGGCCGGGCCGCACCGGAGGCACAUCGCGUUGUCACCGCGCUACCUCAACAGGAAACGCACUGGCAUCCGAGAACAGCUCGACGCGGAGCUCCUGCGCUAUUCGGAGAGCCUUUUAGGUGUCCCUGUUGCAUAUGAUAACAUCAAAGUAGUGGGUGAGCUGGGAGAUAUUUAUGAUGAUCAAGGACACAUUCAUCUUAACAUUGAAGCAGAUUUUGUUAUUUUCUGCCCUGAACCAGGGCAAAAGCUUAUGGGCACAGUUAAUAAAGUGUCUUCCAGCCACAUAGGCUGUUUAGUCCAUGGCUGUUUCAAUGCCUCUAUCCCUAAACCUGAGCAGAUGCCAGCUGAGCAGUGGCAGACCUUGGAGAUAAACUUGGGAGAUGAACUAGAAUUUGAAGUAUUUCGUUUAGACUCAGAUGCUGCUGGAGUAUUCUGCAUUCGAGGAAAACUAAAUACCACUAGUUUACAAGCCAAAUGCUCUGAGAUUUCUGAAGAAGUAACAGAAACCAUCACUGAAGAAGCUGUUGAAAAACCUCUAAAGAGGAAAAAGAAAAGGAAGAAAGACCUAGAGACUUACGAAGUGAAAGAUGGUACUGCAGAGCUACUGGAUGUCACCACAAAGGAAGAAACAGUCCUGCAGACUAAUAACAAUGUGGAUGGCCUCUGGGAGGAAGAGCCAAAGAAGAAGAAGAAGAAGAGAAAGCACCAGGAAGAUCAGGACCAGGACCCUGUUUUCCAAGGCAGUGACUCCAGUGGUUAUCAAAGUGACCACAAAAAGAAAAAAAAGAAAAGAAAACACAGUGAGGAGGCUGAACUUACCCCAAUUCUGGAACACUCACCUAAAAAGAAAAGGAAAACGUAAUUUCCUUUACUGUGUUUUAAAUAGAAUUCAAUUUUUAAAAGUUUGAUUUACACACAAUGGAUGAAUAAAUAUUUUGAUGUGAAAUAAGUAUAUAUUCCAAUAGUUUACAAAAAAGGAAACAUUUGAUUAGGAGGGGUUUGUGUGUGUGUGGGUGUGGAAGAAUUACAAAACUGCCUAUAAACUAAUUUUGAGAACAACAGUAUUAUUAAAAUGCCACUUUAUUGUAUACAGAAUAAAAGGUAGAGUUCUCACUUUUGGCUCUUGAAUUCUCCCAGAUUUUACAUCUAAAUAAAAUUAUUUCUAUAAUUUCAUUGACUCCAAAAAGACUUUAUAAUAAAAUAUUCAUAUCAUUAAAGAAUGGAUUUGGUUUUGGGUUUUAUCUCUGGUUUUUGAUAAUAGAUUUCACCUUUGUUGUUUUUUAUUUCACUUUUUAAAAAAUUCAGGACAUUUUGUACUUUUAGAUUUUUCUUUACCAUGGCUACUACAGGGUUGUAUUUCUGUUUAACUUCAAAUGGUUUGGCAAAGGAGCUCCUAAUGUACCCGGAGGUUUUAGGAACCAUGCCACUGCUGACUGUAUGGUGGGAAACAAUAUUCACUAUUCUUUCCUUCCAAGUGUGUGUUUAAGUCUAAGAGAUUGAUGGAGAGACUGUUUGCUUGUACUUGUACAUUUGUGCUUCAUCCGUUCUGCUUUUGUGUGCUAGAGCAGGAGAGGCUGUGAAGACAGAAUAAAUGUGAUUCAAACUAGUGGGAAAUUGCCAUAUUACUCUUUAAUGAUUGGCCUAGGCUACUAGAAAUUGUUCUGAAAAGAAAACAGUUGUCACUGCUUUCAUUGAGAAAAUGCGGAACGCAGCUUGAUUAAUGGUUAAAUGCUGAGUGACGAAAUAACAGUCUGGUCCAGGCUGGUAGUCAGUGCAUGGCCAUAUUCAUUUAACAAGUAUUUGAACACCUACUGCAUGUAAAACAUUCCACUGAGGCCCAGGGAUAUAAUGACACACAAGGUAGAUGUAGUUCUUUCUUUCCCUUGUGACAUGUUGGGAGAAGCAGAUUCAUACACACACAUACAUACACAUGCAUGCAAUAUAAUAGAGAAAAUAGAGAAAAUAAUUAGAAGUUGUGGUAAGGAAAAAGUAGAUUGCCCACUCAGUUUUGACUUUGUUAGUAUCUGCAAAUAGAUGGUUGAGUUGUCCUCCUCAUAUUAGCCAUUUUUGCAGCUACUUAGGUACCAAAUGUAGUGCUAGUUUGCUUAAUGUUCAGUAAUAAGUUCUGCCAGUGGUAUAUUUGGAUCUAAAUUUGUAAUGAUAGGAUAUAGUUUGAAGAGUGGCAGAUAUUCACGAAGUAUCUACAAGUAAAUGCCAGGCAGGGAAAGAGUGCAGGCCACCAUUUAGAUAUAUGUGGCUGUUGAACCAUUGAGGUAUUUGUCGUUAGGUACCAUGGAGUCGAUUCAAACUCAUAGUGACCCUAUGUACAACAAAAUGGAACUUCCUGGUCCUGCACCAUUCUCAAGACGCCUACUGCUGUGUUUGAGCCUGUUUUUUAGCCACUGUGUCAGCCUAUCUAGUUGAGGGUCUUCCUCUUUUUAGCUGAUGCUCUGUCUGCAAAGCGUGUCCUCCAAGGACUGUUCCUUCUGAUAACGUGUCCAAAGUACAUGGCGUGAAGUCUCAUCACCCUUGCUUCUGAAGGUGCUGUCAGUGUAAAAUGCACACUGGAUUCUGAAAAUGUGCCGAAAUAGAAAAUAUCUCAAUCCUUCAUAUUUGUGAAAUAUAGUUGGGUUAAAUAGUAAAAUUAAUUUCAGCUUUUUUUAACUAGAAAAUUUAAAAGUGCAUAUAAAGCAUAUACAUAAAUACAUACUUUAUAGAUUUAUUUAUUUUUGCACAGCACUGGUUUAAAGAAGUGUGAGUCAAAAGUUUAAAACAAGCUACAUUAUAACUGGCAUAACUGGAAAAUGUUUAAUAAAGGUUUCAAAAUUUAAAAUAAGACAUCAUUGUAAUCAUGUCUGACAAUCUAGACAAUUAUUUUUUCAGAGAGAGAGAAGCAAUUCUAAGCCUCCUCCUACACCCCCCUCCAUUUAUACACACCAAGGAAGCUGUCACAUUUAUGCAAUUCAUGGAAAAUUACACUGUGGCUUAGAAAAUAAAUUCCCAUUGUUUUAUCUUUAUUUGUUUAUAGUAUUUUUAUUUUGCUUUGAGCGGUACCUCUGCCAAUUGCAUUUUAAAAUAAUUUGUAUCUUUGCCAAAAAAUGGGAGUGGCAUUCUAAACUUGAAACUAGAUUUGUGCAUUUUCACAAUGUUUGGAAAGUCAGAUCUGGCCAUUUGUCUUGCCUUGAACAUCAUGACUUCAUUGCUUUUUUCUGAUACUAAGAAACCCUGAUUAUGGUGUCUUCCAAAUAUCUUUUUGUCACAUGCUGUACACUGUAGAGUCCCUAUGAGUCGGAUAGCAACAGGUUUGGUUUGGUUUUAUAAGCUACCAUAAAAGUUUUUCGAGACUAAAAAUGGGCUACACUAUGGUUGCUUUGUAGCCAUAAUUGUUGCUUUCUCUGGUCAUUUUCUACUCAUUUGUAGCACUCUGCAUUAUUGUUUCAAACUUCACUUGUUUGUGAAGCUGGUGUUUAGAUCAAAUUUCUCUAGACCAAAUAAUAAGCUUCCUGAGGACUGAGAUUAUGCCUUAGCUAUAUCUACAACAUUUAGCACUUAGUCCUUCAUAUACAGAAAGCAUCAACGUGUGCUUUGACAUUGAAAAUUAAAUGAAAAGCAGUUUCAAAUUGUACCACUGUCUUUGACGUGAUAUUCUUAAUCUUUUCACCCACUAUUUCACUAAAAUGUAUUCAAUACUUUGCCUUUAUAUGAUAUAAUUUUCAAGUAUUCUCAGUGCGGCAUUGAUAAUUUAGAUGGAAAACAUCCAAAUGGUAGAAAGUAUUUUUAAUUUGUAUUAUAUUAUUUAACUUGCAUUAUCUUUGUACAUUUUCUUUCAAGAAAGACUUUGUGUCAAAAUAUGUAUUAAUUAAAAAUAUUAUACAGCAAAAGUAUAUUCAGU